AUGAAUGCCGAGGCCGUUAGGGCUCGCAUCGUUGCCACCCUUUCCCCCGACGCCAAUGUACGAAGAGCCGCAGAGCUCGAACUCAAGGCGGCCGAGGGACAUGCUGGUUUUACCGAUGUCCUGCUCGACGUCUUGACUGCCGAGCCCGAUGAUUCAGUCCGACUCUCAACUGUCAUCUACCUCAAGAAUCGGACAAAUCGAGGCUGGUCGAAAAGCGACCAUUAUCCUGACGAAACGCUCAUAGUGGAAGAUGAAAAACAACGCUUUCGCGAUCGCAUCCUCCCCAUCCUCGCAGCCUCUCGUGGCCCCGUUCGUCAACAGCUCCUACAACUGAUUCAGCGCAUCUUACACUUUGAUUUUCCUGGAAAAUGGCCCAGCUUUAUGGAUGUCACGUUGCAAUUACUGCACGCAAAUGACGCUCCAUCUGUUCUGGCCGGUUUACAGUGCUUGCUGGUCACUUGCCGCGCAUACAGAUUCAAAGGUCCUCAAGACAGUAGUCGAUUGGAGUUUGAUAAGAUCGUCGAGGCUAGCUUUCCUAGACUCCAACAAGUCUGCAAUGAAUUGGUCAACCAAGAAAGUGACGAGGCUGGUGAAAUGCUGCACAUUGCUCUCAAAGCCUACAAGCAUGCAACCUGGCUUGAACUUUCUAGCUUCUUAAAGCAACACGACGUCAAUAUCGCAUGGUGUACAAUCUUCCUUCAUACUGUUUCAAAAGCGAUACCUGCGUCAGCCAUGCUUGAUGAUAUCGAUGAGAGAGAGCGUCAUCACUGGUGGAAGGCCAAGAAGUGGGCCUACUUCAACCUCAACAGGCUUUGGAUUAGACACGGUAAUCCAGCAUCUGUCACGUCUAAGAGCGAUGAGUCAACCAGAUUUUGCAAGGAAUUUGAGAAUACCAUUGCGCCAGAAAUACUAAAACACUACCUACAGGAGAUAGAGAAGUGGGUUUCUAAGACAGCUUGGCUCAGCAAGCCGUGCUUAUCAUACACUCUCGUUUUCCUAGACGAGUGCUGUCGUCCGAAGUCCAUGUGGAAUUUGAUGCAGCCUCAUCUUACGAAUCUGGUUACUCACUUGGUCUUCCCCGUCAUGUGUCUUAGUGAGGAGGAUGUGGAAAAAUUCGAAGACGAGCCUGAAGAGUAUCUUCAUCGAAAGUUGAAUUUCUAUGAAGAGGUCUCGGCCCCUGAUGUUGCUGCAACUAAUUUCCUCGUCACCUUAACCAAGUCCCGCAGGAAGCAGACGUUCGAUAUCUUACAGUUCGUCAACGGAGUUGUGAACGAGUAUGAGCAGGCGCCCGACGACAAGAAGAACCACAUCGCGAAGGAGGGUGCGUUGAGGAUGAUCGGCACACUAGCCCCUGUUCUCCUAGGCAAGAAGAGCCCGGUUGCUGACCAGAUCGAAUAUUUCCUCGUUCGAUACGUCUUCCCCGAUUUCAAGAGCCCUCUAGGUUAUCUCCGAGCGCGAGCGUGCGACACCAUUGAGAAGUUUGAGCAACUCAACUUCAAGCAUGAGAACAACUUGCUCAUAAUCUAUCGGCACAUUCUAGACUGCAUGGCCGAUUCCGAUCUGCCUGUCAGAGUCACGGCAGCGCUGGCUUUACAGCCCCUGAUCCGGCAUGAUCCUAUCCGUGCCAACAUGCAACAAAGCAUUCCUACUAUUAUGCAACAAUUAUUGAAGUUGGCUAAUGAGUGCGAUAUCGACGCACUAGCUAACGUCAUGGAAGAUUUUGUUGAAGUUUUUGCUGCUGAACUUACACCCUUUGCGGUAGCUCUUAGCGAGCAGCUUCGGGACACCUAUCUUCGGAUUAUUCGUGAAUUGCUUGAAAAGAACGACGCUCGCAAUAAUAACGAUGAUGACUUUGGUGAUUAUCUAGACGAUAAGAGCAUAACAGCCUUGGGUGUCCUGCAGACCAUCGGUACCCUCAUUCUGACUCUAGAGAGCACUCCGGACGUAUUAUUGCACAUCGAAGCCGUCCUAAUGCCUGUUAUUCAGGUCACUUUGGAGAACAAAUUAUACGAUCUCUACAAUGAAGUCUUCGAGAUUAUCGAUAGCUGUACAUUUGCCGCCAAGAGCAUCUCGCCCACUAUGUGGCAAGCCUUCGAACUCAUACACGCCACCUUUAAAUCCGGCGCUGAGCUCUAUCUAGAGGACAUGCUUCCAGCUCUAGACAACUUCGUGCAAUAUGGUGCCAGCCAGCUAGUCCAGAAGCCUGAAUACGUCCAAGCCUUGUACGGGAUGGUUCAGGAUAUGUUUCAAGAUCAGAAGGUUGGUGGAGUCGACCGCAUCUGCGCUUGCAAACUGGCGGAAGCUAUGAUGUUAAGUCUUCGCAACAAUAUCGACCAAUCCGUUACCGGGUUCAUCGCGAUGGCCAUGAUGGUUCUUAGUGGCCACGAUGUCAAGGUUAAAUCAUACAAGAUUCACCUCAUGGAGAUGGUUAUAAAUGCCAUCUACUACAACCCGAUGCUGACUCUAGCUGUUCUGGAAAGUAAGGGAUGGACAAAUAAGUUUUUCAGCCUGUGGUUUAUGAACAUGGACUAUUUUAGUCGCGUGCACGACAAGAAGCUCUGCAUUGUGGCCAUCGUCUCUCUGCUAAGCCUUAACGCAGACCAGAUCCCUGUCAGCGUUAGCACCGGCUGGCCGAGACUCCUGCAAGGAAUUACGGGUUUGUUCAAGACACUGCCCAAUGCCCUAAAGAACCGCGAGGAAGCUUUGAAAGAUGACUUCACUUACGAUUCGAACAAUUACGACUACGAUGACGAUGAUGAAUGGGCUGAUGAAGACACCAACUGGAAUGCGGAAGAAGGGGCGGAGGGCGAGCAAAACGAAGCUCGGGACGAGAGUACAGCAUACCUCGAAUUCCUCAAUGAGGAAGCCGCCAAGUUCAGCCAGAUCGAAAACCAGUACAAAGAUCAAGGAGAAGAGUCUGAAGACGAUCUUGGCGAAGACAGCGUGUUACUCGAAUCACCCCUCGACAAGAUUGAACCUUACCAACUUUUCCGAACAGUUCUCAUGAAAAUGCAACAAGAGAACCCGCAACUUUACACGAACCUCACCUCGAACCUUUCAGCCGAUGAGCAAGGGGUUAUUCAGACAGCUAUGCAUCAAGCAGAAGCUCAUGCCCAAGCAGCUUUACAGCUGGCAGCCCAGGCUGCGCAAAAUCCCCAAGGGGCUCCCGGUGCUUCUAACGGUGGCGCUAUAUAG